GCCAGCCUAUUAGGCUUGUAAGUUUGGCCUUGAUAAAACUAGGCCUAACUUAUUUAGCUAAAUAGACCUAAUUAAAGGCCUGAACUUAACCUAGGCCUAUUUAGUAAAUAACUUAGGCUAGACUUGACAUAGGCUAGACCAUACAUUCUUGACUGCUCUUACACUGAACCAUAAUAUAUGUCAUUAUUAACUUAUGUUUCUUAAAAAAAAAAGUUUAUUAAAAUCUUGAUUAUUUUAACAAAAAAAAUCUCAUAUAUCUAGUUGUGCUCUUGAGUAAAAUAAAUAUAAUAAUUUGAAUUAUUCAAAACAUCAUCAUUAAUUACACGAGUGGAAUAUAAUAAAUUAAUAGUCUAAUUGAAAAAAUAUAUAAAACUUAUCUAAUACCAUAUAUUUUGGAUCGAGUAAAGUUUAUAAAAAAAAAACCAUUUAUACUACAGACUUGAGGAAGUAAAUAUCUUGAAUGAUGAGUUUCAUAGAUAAUCUAAAUGGGAUCCUCAAUAGAGUCGUUAAUUAGGAUCGAGUUUAUUGGGCCAGCUCUUUUAAUGUUGAAAAUAUUUGGGGUUAGGCCACUAUUUUAGAGUGUAAAAUGACAAUUCUGGCUUAAAAAGGUUAUUCCUUUUAAGCUCCAAUAUAAAAGGACCAGCCUUAUUUAAAUCUUUUUAUAAUUUUUUAAAAUUUUAAUAUUAAAAAAAAUAAACACUACAGUAAUUUUAAAACCCUAGCCUCAUUUUACGAGGAUGAAGAAGCAAUACAUGAAAAGCUUAAUAUCUUUGUUACUGAGGAGGUUCCAUAAGAAGAAGGAUCAAAUUAUAUUGAUGUUGAUGAUAAUAAAAAUCUUCAAAAUUUAGCUGACAAUAUUAGCAAAGUUAGAUUAAUAUUGGUGUUGAUUUUGUAAUGAGUUUUUUACUAGACUUAAAUUUGUUGUUAUGUGUAUUGACUUAAAUUUGUUUUCUAAAUUUUAUGUUAUAAGUGAUAACUUUUUUGAGAUUUUAAACAUAUUUGUUGGACUUUUAAAUUAAAAAAAGAAAAAAAAUAUAGGCCUGAGGCCAUGAGAACCAAGACCAAACUAAUCAAAAUGGAGCCCUGAAGUAUAACCGGCUUAAUAGAACUAACUCGUUUAAAUCCUAACAAGAGUCAACUCUAAUUGAUAGCUCUAACCCUUAGCUCAACUUAAAUAAAUGGAGUGCUUUGCACGAAAUGGCAGCAUGUGCUAAUGGCCUAACUGGUCUCCCUGUGUCUCUCUUUCCUUAUUUGUGAAUUUAAAUUAUUGGUUUAUUCCCAUUUCAUUUUGGAUCUAAAUUCUGCGUUUACAUUUCAUUUUUGGAUCAUCAUAAUCUCUAUCCUCUAGCUAGAAGGGAGACGAGGGAAUAUUGUGUGUACAAUUCUCUAAACUCGAUUUCAAGUUUCUGCAUUGUGAGAUCUGAAUCGAAGUGGCCUGGUAUAUGUACAACAUCACAAAACUAGAAGGUCUCCAUCAUGGAAAAUAGUACAAACAACGCACCUAGUUCUGAGAAAACUGAGCAAGCCAGUGAUCUUCAAGUUCUCGUCAUACCUCCUCAAGAAAGUCAAGCAGUCUCAGUACAAAGCAGAGGUAACAAUGAAUCUGAGGCCAUGUAUGAUGAGAUGAAACCUUCAGUUUCUGUCAGCAUGCCAAAGAACAGCAAAAGAGUUACAUUUAGUGGAGAGAUAGAUGUGAAAGAACCAACAAGUUAUUCUCAACCAAUGCCAAAAGGUUGUGAUCAGUUUCCAGAGGCAUUCAGUUAUAACUUUUGUAAGUCGAGGGAUAUCAGAUAUGAUAGCUUCAAGACGUGGUCUGGUAAACUUGAAAGACAGAUAACAAUGCUACGUGGCAAGUCACCUAAACCAUCACAUCUUCCAGAUCAUGACAACAAUAUGACAGGCAAUGAUAAACCCCUUCCUGUUGAUCGCUACUUUGAUGCAUUGGAAGGUCCUGAGUUGGAGACUCUCAGGGAUGCAGAAGAGAUAUUGCUGCCUCACGACAAACAAUGGCCAUUUCUUCUUCGCUUCCCCAUUUCAUCAUUUGGCAUUUGCCUUGGUGUCGGCAGCCAAGCAAUUCUAUGGAAGACAUUAGCCACAGCUCCAAGCACUGAGUUUCUUCACAUAAGCUUGAAAAUAAAUCUUAUCCUCUGGUUCAUUGCAAUCGCUCUUGUUGCUUCUAUCUCAACCAUCUAUCUUCAGAAAGUAAUCUUCUACUUCGAAGCUGUUCGUCGUGAGUACUACCAUCCAAUACGUGUCAACUUCUUCUUCGCUCCAUGGAUAGCUCUCUUGUUCUUAGCUCUCGGAGCUCCACCAUCAUUGGUCAAAGACCUUCAUGCUUCUCUGUGGUACAUCCUUAUGGUUCCUAUAGUCUGUCUUGAGCUUAAGAUCUAUGGACAAUGGAUGUCUGGUGGCCAAAGGAGGUUAUCGAAGGUGGCAAAUCCGUCAAAUCACCUCUCUGUUGUUGGGAAUUUUGUUGGGGCUUUGCUUGGUGCUUCCAUGGGUCUCAAAGAAGGGCCUAUCUUCUUCUUUGCUAUUGGCCUUGCUCAUUACAUAGUCCUUUUUGUCACUCUAUAUCAGAGACUCCCAACCAAUGAGACUCUGCCAAAAGAGCUUCAUCCCGUGUUCUUCUUGUUUGUUGCAGCUCCUAGUGUUGCUUCCAUGGCAUGGGCAAGGAUUCAAGGCUCGUUCGAUUAUGGAUCAAGGAUUUCCUACUUCGUUGCCAUGUUCCUUUAUUUCUCUCUGGCUGUCAGGGUCGACUUCUUCAGAGGAUUCAAAUUCUCACUUGCAUGGUGGGCCUACACAUUUCCUAUGACCGGCGCAGCCAUUGCAACCAUACGAUACUCAGAUGUUGUUACAAAUAUAGGAACCAAAGCCAUGUGUGUAAUUUUCAGUCUCAUCUCUACAUUUAUGGUGACCUUACUGCUUGUCAGCACUGUGAUUCAUGCGUUCGUGGUGCAAGACUUGUUUCCUAAUGACAUGGCCAUAGCCAUAACUGAGAAAAAGCCACAUCGUCAUCAUCGUCAUCAUCAUUUUAGUAAGUGGUUCCAUCUAGGACAUGAUAGCAACGACCAAAUCAGCCAUGAGAUUGAGAAUUUCUUGAGGUUUGCUGGUUCAAAUAACAGCAGCAGUGUCGAAUCUUUGGUCACUAAUAGUAAUAAUUAGAACAAUCCGAGAGUUCCACGUGAGGAAUAUUGAAUUAGAUAAGAUUACGUGUGAGGAACGUAGAGUUUUGUUUUGUUUUGAAUGCUCCCAUGAGAGCAGUUAAUUGGUGAGUGCAUAAAGAGGUACUUUAUGAAAAAACAGCUCCCACAUGUUAAAGUUACAAAAAAUGGGGGGAAAAGGAAAAAACAUAUACAUGUGAUUAGUGAAAGAAAAAUUGUGUGUGUGGAAUUAUUGUGGAAUGUAAGUAGGUUUUAAAUUCAUAAAAUGGAACAAAUAAAGCAAGUCGAUCAAAAUCCUACCAAAAUAGGCACUGAACUCAUUAAGAAAGGUUAAAAAAAUGUAGACUAUCCAUAACAUAUAUUAUCAAUCUCAAGUAAAGAACAUAUCAUUCAUAUCAUAUUCUUUUAAAUAUCAUCACAAAUUCAAAUGGCCCACUAAACAAAAAAUAAUAAUAAAAAUAUAAGCAAUUUGGAGAGCAAGUGGGCAAGCAACUUUGGCAACUGACGGCAUUUUAGGCACCUCCUUCAUCUAGCAUAAAUAAGUGUAAGAAAGCCAUGUGUGGUGAAAAAGGAGAGAGGAGUGGUGAAAGAGAAGAUGCCACAAGGGAGUCGGAAAAAAUGUAGAAGAGGAGAGGGAAGGAAGAAAAUGUUUGUCAUUUGGUGUAUUUUGUAAUUUGAGUAUGCAAUAAAGUUUUCUCUUUCAUGUAAGUCUUUUUCUCAUUUCUUCAAGUAUUGUGGUUGCAA